AUGGAGUCUCUCAAGGCAGUCUUCUUCGGGCCCGACCCGGCAGCCCAGAUGAGAAAAUGCAAUGCCCUCAUCCGCGCGAAUACCAGGCAACUCGAUCGCGACCUCGCCCAUCUCAAGUCCCUCGACAGCAAGACCCGAGGGCACAUCGUCGCUGCAUCCAAACGAGCACAGCGCAAUCCAUCCCAAGCCAAACAGGCGACGAGCGAAACCAAAACAUUUGCACGAGAGCUGGUGCGAAUCCGAAAACAAACUUCCCGGCUCACGACGAGCCGUGCCCAGUUGCAGAGCGUGGGGAUGCAGGUCAAUGAAGCGUUCUCGGUACGCAAAAUCCAAGGCAGUCUUCAGAAGUCCACUGGGAUCAUGAAAGACGUGAAUACCUUGGUACGGCUGCCGGAGCUGUCAUCGACUAUGCACCAGCUCUCAACGGAAUUGGUGAGGGCGGGCAUCAUCGAGGAGAUCGUCGACGACGCCAUGCCCAAUGAUGAGCUUCUGGAGGGAGAAGACGACGAGGCAGAGGAAGAGGUGGACAAAAUCCUGCAAGAAAUCCUCUCGGGAAAGCUCUCCCAGCCCGCGGCUGUCAAGCCGGCCGCAGAGCCUGUGGAAGCUACACCGGCCGCCGAAAGCGAGCCCGAGUUCGAGGACCAAGAGGCGACUCUGGAACAAAUGCGAGGUCGCCUGGAGGCUCUCAAGAGCUAA